AAGUCUCCAGGAGGCGGGCGGGCAGCCUCAUAUUUCAGGGGCCGGGCAGCCUUAAAGGGGUGUUCCUGCCUCCUGUGAUCAGCCCAGACACACAGAGUCCUCCUCACUUCACCCAGCCGGACCCACCGCCAGCUGCUGACUGCUCCCCUGCACAAGAUCCUCAGCUCCCAGUAAUCAUGGUCCCUUCUGAACUGGAACAGGCAAUGGAGAGCCUGAUGUUCACCUUCCACAAAUACUGCGGGGACAAGAACCACAUGAGCAAGGACGACCUCCAUAGACUGAUGCAAACCGAAUUCCCUGAAUUCCUGAAGAAUCAGAAUGACCCCCUGGCUGUGGAUAAGAUAAUGAAGGAUCUGGAUCAAUGCCGGGAUGGGAAGGUCACCUUCCAUAGCUUCUUCUCCCUAAUCGCCGGUCUGACCAUUGCCUGUAACGACUACUACUGUAAGAACAUGAAGGGCAGGAAGUGAAGCUGACCGCCGCCACUACUUCUAUAUCCGCCUAUCGCUCCAGCCUGCUCCAAAGAGGACCCCAUCGGUCCACUCAUUCCACCCCAAAGCUAUAAUAAAUGCCCCAUGUUUUUGUA